UACAGGCUGUUCUGUACUGACAGGACGGGCAGGUCUGACUUCAUUCCCUCGGCAUUGUGGGUAUUGUGGUCGGACGCUGGAGGUUCUGCAGAUGAUUACAUGGGGCGACCGUACAGAUCUGACCGCUGCACAGAUGAAUAACCCGGAGCUGGACCCCCCCAUGACCCAGUCAGACUGGGGCUCAGCCAUGUUCUCAGUGUAUGAGGAGGACAGUAACAGCAGCUGCGGGUCUCUGGGGGCGUCUGCACUGAGCCUGAAGACACCCGAGGGCGAGGACAAUGACCCCGACGCCGAAGAGAAGCUGUGCGCGGUGUGCGGCGAUAAGGCCAAUGGCUACCACUUCCACGUCCUGACCUGCGAGGGCUGCAAGGGGUUCUUCAGACGUUCUAUGACUAAAGGUCUGACCUUCACCUGUCCCUUCACCCGCUCUUGCCCGGUCAACAAAGCCAAGCGGAGAAGGUGCCAGGCCUGCCGCCUGCAGAAAUGUCUGGAGGUUGGGAUGAGGAAAGACAUGAUUUUGUCGGAUGAGGCCUUGAUGGCGCGACGUGAUCUGAGAAUGAGGAAGAAGCAGGAACGUCUGCAGAGGAUGCAGAAGGCGCCAGAAGUGGGAUCUCUGACCGAGGAGCAGAAGCAGCAGAUCUCCGUCCUCAUCGAGGCUCAUAGGAAACACUUCGAUAAUUUUGAACAUUUUGUGGAUUACAGGCCACAGCCCAUUUUAAGGGUGAACUGGGAGAACAUGAGGCAGCACGGCCCAUCGUCCUGCCCCCCCGCUGGUCUGGACCAGUGCCUCACAUCGCCCCACCAUUCGGACCUGGUCACUGCAGGAGACACUUUAAUGGAGUUACCACAUUUUGCAGAUAUGAGCACUUACAUGAUUCAGCAAGUCAUCAAGUUCGCCAAGGAGAUACCAGUUUUCCGCGCUCUGUCCAUAGACGAUCAGAUCUCGCUGCUGAAGGGCUCUACCAUGGAGGUCUCACAUUUGCAGUUUAAUACGGUCUUUAACCUGGAGACGAAGAUCUGGGAGUGCGGCCGCCAUAAGCUGAGUAUAGAGCACGGCCUGUUGACCGGAUUCCAGCGCAUGUACUUGGAGCCGCUACUGAAAUUCCACAUCGGCCUCCGCAACCUGAAGCUGCACGAGUCUGAAUACGUCCUGAUGGAGGCGCUGGCGCUCUUCUCCCCAGACCGGCCGGGCGUCAUCGAGCACACCCACAUCGAUAAGAUCCAGGAGAUGAUGGCCAUGACCCUGAAAUGUUACAUCGAUUACCACCACCCACUUCCAGGCAGCCGAUUCUUGUUCGCCAAGCUGCUCUCCAUGUUGGCCGAACUGCGCACCUUGAAUGAGGAGAACGCCAAACAGAUGGUUCACAUUCAGAACGUGAUGGAGGACGCCAUGACGCCGCUGAUGAAGGAGAUAUUCAGCUGACGAAACGGGAACUGAUUGCGUGGCGCACAAGGCACCGCUGCGUCGCCCUCAUUCUUGGAUGACGGUCCAUAGGGGGAGGGGUACUGCAACGCCAAGAUGGCGGCUCGACAUUCAGUAUUAUCAUGUUGCUACCCCCUGUAUUUCGGUAGUUUCGGUGACUUCUCAAUAUGACAUGACCUUCAGUCAAGUGCUCUCUGCUAUCAGCCACUGGGCGCUGAUGGACGCCAUUUCCCAGUGGAAGAGACCUCUUACCGGCCCCGUCAGGGAAGGACGCCUCCCUGUAUACUGUGAUUGGGCCAUUCAGACAAAUCCAUGGAUCCCGAUCAAUCAGAUCUGCCGGACCAGCUGCUGCAGCGCACAAUAUGAGUACAUGUAGCACUCUAUGGGCACCCGGUGCCAUGGACGUCCCAAAGAACAAGCCACUACUGCCCGGCGUGGAACAUGUCUGCAUUUUGUUGUAAAACGUGUGAAGCUUUUACUAAAAAAUAAAAUAUAUAUAGAUAGAUA